GACCAUUUCUUGCCGGGUGGGAAACUUUGCGGUACCCGCUGCUCGCCCCCCCCCUGGAUCCCGGACCAGGGACUCACAAGACGCAGCUAUCUCCUUGCUGUGCUCCAUUGGCUGCCGGGAUCCGUCCCCACGCCAUCUCCCAGCCCUCGCAGCCCAACUCGCUUCUCUUAGGCGAGGGGCACACAUUUUACGCUUCUAGGGAGAGCUUUCCCGAGCCCCAAAGGCCCACUUGUUUUCUUUUUUCCCCUGUUGUAGGUUUCCAUUUAAUUAAGCAGCUGAGAGGCAUGAGCGUGGUCCUAGUGCUGCUGCCCACAGUCCUGCUUGUGAUGCUCACGGGUGCCCAGAGACCUUGCCCCAGGAACUGCAGAUGCGAUGGGAAAAUUGUGUACUGCGAGUCUCACGCCUUCGCAGACAUCCCCAGGAACAUUUCGGGGGGCUCCCAGGGCUUAUCGCUGCGAUUCAACAGCAUCCAGAAGCUGAAAGCCAGUCAGUUUGCGGGGCUCAAUCAGCUCGUGUGGCUCUAUCUGGACCACAAUUACAUCAGCACUGUGGACGAGGACGCCUUUCAGGGCAUCCGCAGGCUCAAGGAACUGAUUCUGAGCUCCAAUAAAAUCACGCACCUGCACAACAAGACAUUCCACCCGGUUCCGAACCUGCGGAACCUGGACCUCUCCUACAAUAAGCUCCAGACGUUGCAGUCGGAGCAAUUCAAGGGCCUCCGGAAGCUCAUCAUCUUGCACCUGAGGUCCAACUCUCUGAAGACGGUGCCCAUCCGGGUUUUCCAAGACUGCCGGAACCUGGACUUUCUGGACCUGGGCUACAACCGCCUGCGGAGCCUCUCCCGGAAUGCUUUCGCCGGCCUCCUGAAGUUGAAGGAGCUCCAUCUGGAGCACAACCAGUUUUCUAAGAUCAACUUUGCCCACUUCCCCCGACUCUUCAACCUGCGCUCCAUCUAUUUGCAGUGGAAUCGCAUCCGCUCCAUCAACCAAGGCUUGACGUGGACUUGGAGCUCUCUGCACAACCUGGAUCUAUCAGGGAACGACAUCCAAGGGAUCGAGCCGGGCACUUUUAAAUGCCUCCCCAACUUGCAGAAGUUGAAUCUGGAUUCCAACAAGCUCACCAACAUCUCUCAGGAGACUGUCAAUGCGUGGAUCUCUUUAAUAUCCAUCACCUUGUCAGGGAACAUGUGGGAAUGUAGUCGGAGCAUUUGCCCCCUUUUUUCUUGGCUUAAAAACUUCAAAGGGAACAAGGAGAGCACGAUGAUCUGUGCGGGCCCCAAGCAGAUCCAGGGGGAGAAGGUGAGCGACGCCGUGGAAACCUACAACAUCUGUGCCGAAAUCCAGGUGGUGGUGACAGAGAAGUCCCAUCAGGCCCCGCCAACGCCCCAGAAACCUCUGGUUGUCCUCAAACCCACCAUUUCCAAACUGGAGACCACCCAACCGACUCCCAUCACCUCGAGCCCUUCCCCGGGGUUCCCGAUGCCUGGCGCCGAGCCAGAGUACGAGCACGUGUCCUUCCACAAGAUCAUUGCUGGCAGCGUGGCCCUCUUCCUCUCUGUGGCUAUGAUCCUUUUGGUGAUCUACGUGUCUUGGAAGCGUUACCCCGCCAGCAUGAAGCAACUCCAGCAGCAUUCUCUCAUGAAGAGACGCCGGAAAAAGGCCCGGGAAUCCGAAAGACAGAUGAACUCCCCUUUACAGGAGUAUUACGUGGACUACAAGCCAACAAACUCUGAGACCAUGGAUGUAUCAGUUAAUGGAUCGGGGCCUUGCACAUACACCAUCUCUGGCUCCAGGGAAUGUGAGGUAUGA